UGCCCGCCGGGGCGGGGCUCUCCGCGCGCGCGGGCCGUGGCGUGACGUGGCGGCGGGAUGCUGCGGGCGCUGCCGCUGUCGCUGCUGGUGGUGGCGCUGGCGGCGGGGGGCGGCCCGGGGCCCCCCCAGCUCCGCGGGUCCGAGCUGCGGGGCCUGGCCCGGGGCAAGGUGGAGACCUGCGGCGGGUGACGGCUGAACCGCCUGAGGGAGGUGAAGGCCUUCGUCACCCAGGACAUCCCCCUCUACCAUAACCUGGAGAUGAAGCACCUGCCUGGUGCUGACCCCGAGCUCGUGCUUCUCAGCCACCGAUACGAGGAGCUGGAGAGAAUCCCCCUGAGCGACAUGACCCGGGAGGAGAUCAACCAGCUGGUGCAGGAGCUGGGCUUCUACCGCAAGGAGACACCUAAUGCCCCUGUGCCUGAGGAGUUCCAGUUUGCCCCUGCCAGGCCUCUGUCCACCCUGCCGCCCCACCAAGCUCCCACCACUGAUAGCAAGACCCUACCCGAACGUGACGAGGGAGAACACCCAGACCUCUAGUGAGGGAUGCCACAUUCGGGAGAGGGUCCUGCAGCCAGUCCCCAGCGCACAGGGACGAGGGCAUUACAACAGCUGGGGAUGGUGCCACAGGGUGGCAAAGAUGCCCCCGCUGUUGCUUGGUGCUGUGUAGCCCCUACCUCGAGGAUGCCCUGAGCAGCUCCAGCCUUGAGCUGGGGUCUUCCUGGGCAUUGCGCGCAUCCCAGGGGUCCCGUGUGCCUGUCACUGCCCUCCCUCCCCUGCAGGCCUGCAUUCCUGGCUGUGAGGAGCAGCGUUCUUUGUGCUCCCUUGCCAUGCCCUGAGGUUUAGCUGACUCCCAGUGCUGGGCAGCGGUAUCCUACCUGCAUGGGACAGGAUGAAACCCUCAGCAGAAAGCCCCAGGUGCUGAGGGUAGAUGUGCUGAGUCCCGGAGGCAGGAGAGCUGCCCCUGGGAGGGGUAUGGCUUUACACCUCAGCACAGUUGUCUUGUGUUGAGCCCCCAGUAAAGCCCUUGCAUACAA